AUGAAGACUUCAAUCUCUUCCGAUGUUUGGGAGAAGAAAAAGGCCAUCAUCGCCAAGUUGUACAUGGAGGAAGAAUGGCCCUUGAAACAGGUCAUCAAACAGAUUCGCUCCGAUGAUUUCAACCCCAGUGAAACUCAAUUGCGCAGCCGUCUGAAGAAAUGGCGUGUCACGAAGCCUUCUCGUCAAACUCGCAAAAAGACGCAAGGCUCCGAGGACCCUGAAAGCGAGAAGGAGAGCCGCACAUCUUCAUCAUCACCGCGCACCAGUCGAGCUUCGCCUGCGGCUCGCAAGACACCGUCUGCCUCUGCUUCUGCCUCUGCCUAUCGCUCGGACUGGACGCACUCAGUGUAUGGCCCCGUGGAGUUGUCUCACCCGAACAGAUGGAAUUCGCACAUGGGUCCUCAAAUGACCACGCCCAGUCCUUCAUCCGCAGACCACCACGGCGUGGUGAUGGAACCCCACACCACCAAAUACAAUCUCCCUGACCCAAACGCCCCGGUCAACUCAUAUGAACAGACUUCCACACACACCUCGCCCGCGGCAGAGCACGUGAUUCUCAACACCACCGCUGCAGUGACGCCCUCCUACGCGGCGUACUCGCUUUCACCCGAGUCGUGUGGACCCAGUCCUGAUGCAUCGUCAAACUCUGCCAUCUCACAAUGGCCCGCGCGCACUGUCUCUGGCGACAUGAGCUACCAGUCUAACAUUCAUCCGACACAAUGGUACAAUCUGCCCCUGGAACCCAUGGCCCCCUCUUCUGUCGUGCCGCACUCUGCCGCUCCAUUGACCACGCCAGCCGCAUCCACUGGCUAUGCGAUGUAUCCCGGCCAGAGCGUCUACGCUCCUGGUUACAUGCACUACGAUCACUCGGACUACCACCACGGCUACGAUGCGAAGCAAUGGAAGCAAGUGCCGCAGCGCUCACAUGAAUACGCGAGCUAUGCCAACCGAUCCACCGUGGACCGGAAGCACGGCUACCCUCACGGCGGCUCUUCUUCGGAGAUCCUCCCUAUCUCUGCUUCACAGACCGGGCCACAGACGAUAAUGUGUGCACCAAUGGGCCCGUACUCGAGUUGA